AUGGAAUUAUCAAAAAUCAAUCCUACAGAAAAUAAAAAAGAUUUAUGGAAAGAUGUUGAUAUAUAUAAAUAUCAAAAACAUGUUACAAUUUCUACUAUUGGUUUAACUACUGAAUCAUCAAAAGAGGCAGAUGAUAAAAUAGUUUAUAUGGAAGAUUUAGAAAAAAGAAAACAAGUAUAUGGAAUAUGUGGAGAAUGUAAUGAACCUGGCACAGGAGAAAAUUGGUGCCAACUUUGUAAUGCCAAAAGAUUUAAGGAUAAUUUUAAAAAUUGGACUAGUGGAAAUAAAGAUAUUGAUGAAUUUAUACAACAAUCACAACUUAAUGCUGUAUACUUUAGUAAAAAACUUGAAUGGAUACCUUUUGAAAAUUUUAAAGAUAUGACUUAUAUUACCAGAGGUGGAUUUGGUAAAAUCUAUUCAGCUGAAUGGCCUGAAGGAUUUAUUCAAUAUUGGGAUAUUGAAAAUCAAAAAUGGAGUAGAACUAGCAUAAAAGUUGCAUUAAAAAGGUUAGAUAAUUCUUCUUGUUUAAGUACAGAAUUUUUAAAUGAGAUUAAAUCUCAUCUUCAGAUUUAUCUUUAUGAUGUUAUUAAAUGUUAUGGAAUAACUCAAGAUCCAAAUACUAAAGAUUAUAUGAUGGUUUUACUAUACUGUGAAGAUGGAAAUUUGAGAAAUUACUAUACGAAUAAAGAAUUAGGAUAUUAUUCAAAAAUUAAUAAAUUACAACAAAUUGCAAGUGGACUUCUAGAUAUUCACAAUGCUGGAAAGGUUCAUAAAGAUUUUCAUUCAGGUAAUAUAUUAUUUAAUCCAGCUCCAUAUAUAAGUGAUUUAGGAAUGUGUCAACCAGCAAAUAAUAAAAAGCAAUCAAAUAAACAAGAAGAAAUUUAUGGAGUAUUACCUUAUAUGGCACCAGAAGUUUUACGUGGAUAUCAAUAUACAAAAGCAUCUGAUAUUUAUUCAUUUGGAAUAAUGAUGAAUGAAUAUAUAUUUGAAGAAACUCCUUAUAAUAAUAUUCCUCAUGAUUAUGCUUUAGCUAUUAAAAUAUGUAAAGGACUUAGACCAAAUAUUUUUAAAUAUACACCAAAAUUACUUGCAAAUUUGAUUACUAAAUGUUGGGAUGCUAAAACAGAAAAUAGACCAACCACUAAAGAAUUAUAUCAAGAACUUGUUGAAAUUUAUAUUGAUGAUGAUAGUGAUACCAAAUUUCAAGUAAUUGAAUAUAAUAAUAAAAUCAAUUUAAACAGAACAAGUGAAAAAAGAUCUAAAAACAUUCAAACACAUCCACAAGCAAUCUAUACUAGUAGACUUUUGAGUUUCAAAAACCUUCCAGAACCAGUAAAUUCAGAUGCUAUUCAAUCAACAUUAUUUUCAGAAGGUUUUGAUUGUCAAUUAGAUGAAUCGGAUCUUAAUGAAAUUAAUCAAGAUGAUGAAAAUAAUAUUGAAUAA